UGGUCCACGAAUGCCGUACUGUUAUCGCACGAGGUUCCCACGAUGCUAAACUCUGGUUAACUCUUGCGUCAAGUCGCCCCGUGAGAAAGGCCAGUAAGACAGUUGUGCAGAACAGGUAGAGAAAAAUAGGCCAAAUAAAAUUCAGAUCAGUUUAGUCGCCAUUUUAUUCAACAGUGAGGCAAGAUUGAAGGAUUGUAAGGUACAGUCUGGAAACAGGCCCUUCAGCCUACUGAGUCCAUGCUGACCAUCGAUCACCCGUUCAUAUUAGUUCUAUGUUAUACCACUCUCUCAGCCUCUCUCUACACCCUGGGGGCAAUUAACCUGCCAACCUCCACAUCUUUGGGAUGUAGGAGGGAGCCGGAGCACCUGGAGGAACAUGCAAACUCCACACAGACAGGGCCUGAGGUCAGGAUCGAACCUGGGUCUCUGGCGCUGUGAGGCAGCAGCCUUCUCUAUUGCAGCUGAUUCUAUUGUGCCACCCUAUAUGACCGAGUCCUGCUUUUGCUUCUUAUGUCUUAAUAUUCUGAAUAUUUUGCAGGUUCCCCAGUUUUAAACAAAUAUUCUUGGAGAUAGUUGUAUAUUUAACGAAAGCCAAUAUUCAGAUAUCGACUGGUGAUUGGUGACCUGUUGUCUCUCACAGUGCCAGAGGUCUGGAUUUGAUCCUGACCUCAUUUGCUGUCUGUGUGGAGUUUGCACGUUCUCCCUGUGACCACGUGGGUUUCCUCCCGGUGCUCCGGUUUCCUUCCACAUCCCCAAGAAAUGUGGGUUUGUAGGUUCAUUAGCCUCUGUAAAUGACCCCUAGUGUGUAGGGAGUGGAUGAGUGUGAGAUUACAUACCACUAGUGUGAUUGAUGGUGGGCAUGGACUUGAUGGGCCGAAGGGCCUGUUUCCAUGCCGUAUCUCUAAAACUAAACGUCAAAUUGCAAGAUUGAAUUUGGACGAACAGGAAGACCAUCCUAAAUUUGAAACUCCACAUCUUUUUCUUAAUUGCAGAGUCUUCAAGACCUGAACAUGAAGAUGGUGUCAAACUAAUGGUAGAUUCAAUUAACAGUUCUGAAGCGAUUCACUGUACGCAGAAUGCAUCAGCAAGAUAUUACUUGACCAGUCCCAUUACCACGGUGGUGAUCCCGGUCAUUUCAAGCAUCAUCCUGAUCAUUGGCCUCCCGGCGAAUGUGCUGGGCCUUUGGGUUCUGGCCACCAAGGUCCAGAGGAUGCCCUCCACCAUCUUCCUGAUGAACCUGGCAACGGCCGACCUCCUCCUGAUCCUGGUGCUGCCCUUUAAAAUCCACUAUCACUUCCAGGGCAACAACUGGGUCUUCGGCGAAGCUCUGUGUCGGACGAUGACCGCCUUCUUCUACGGCAACAUGUACUGCUCCAUCCUCCUCCUCUCUUUCAUCAGCAUCGACCGCUACUUUGCCCUGGUCCAUCCACUUCACGCCAAACGCUUCCGCGCCAACGGCAUAGCGGUGGGAGCCUGCUCCAUGCUUUGGGUUCUUGUCUGCCUCUCUGUGAUACCCUUUCUCCUCCAGAGGCAGGCAUAUCCAAUCCGGGACCUAAAUAUCACGACCUGCCACGAUGUCUUGCCAGCCAGCGUGGACUCUGGCUAUUUCUUCUACUACUUUGUGUGUCUUAUUGUCGUGGAAUUCCUUGUUCCUUGCCUAGUCACUGUAUUUUGUUACGUGUCCAUAAUCAAAACCCUGAUGGUGAAUGAUCGCAAGUACGUGAAAGCUGUGAGCGCCAUCGUUUUAGCGUUGAUAGUGUAUGUGGUGUGUUUCACUCCCAGUAAGAUAAUCCUGCUCAUUCACCACUCCCGGUACCACCUUAUACAUUGCAGCGGCCUCUAUUUAUAUUACAUGAUCUUCCUGGAGCUCAGCACCCUCAAUAACUGCAUCGACCCCUUUAUCUUUUAUUACUUCUCCCAGGAGUUUUGGAGCAAACUGGGGCGUUCCCUUGUCUUUUGCAAAGAAAACCCAAAAGAUAAAGGGUCGAGAAAAUCUGCUCGGAAACGUUCUUGGCCCAAUAUGCCGUCAGCCCGCAGAGAGAACACACUAGUAUAAGAAGCACCAGUGUCUGAAGAAGGGUCUCGACCCGAAACAUCACCCAGUCCUUCUCUCCAGAGAUGCUGCCUGUCCCGCUGAGUGACUUCAGCAUUUUGUGUCUACACCAUUGCAAGGCAUGGAGCAAAGCCAGCUGAAUGUACACGGGGAAGUGGACAACUAACGUCAAGUUUUGCAACAUUAAAGUCAAUGCUGGUUAUAAAUCUUGCCUGUUUUUCCCCUUUUGUUGGAAAUGAGGAACAAGCUCAGCGACAAUAGGUUUGUGAACUUUAGUUGCACCUGCCUUUUUAUCUGCACACAUCUCGUUUUUAAUAAUGCCUGUAUACUAACCACCUUGUUCAAGGAAGUCAACUCAAGAGUCAUGUCAUGAGUGUUUUAUUUCCGUAUGUCCCAAACGGAACAAUAAAAUGCUCACUGGCAGCAGCACGACAGAAUAUGUAAGCGUAGUAGAACUCUGUAAAGAAAAUAUUAAGUGAAAAAAAAGAGUUGAGUAUUCUCGCACACCAUCUCACACACACCAUCUCACACACACCAUCUCGCACCCACGCCGCAAAAGGACAACACCAAGUCUAUAUAGUUUGGAGCUUAUUUGGAGAUUGUAGUGUUGGCUUCAAGGAAGAUGCUGUUCCUGAACCUGGACGUCACAGCUUUUGGAUUCCUGUAUCUUCUUCCUGAGGGCAGGAAUGAAAUGAGUGUGUGUCCAGGGUGGUGUGGAGUUGCCUUGAGAUGCAAGUCAUUAGAGUCUUAAAUUUUGCUGACCUUUAGUGCCAAUAAUUUCUCCAAUAAUCAGUUUUUAAAGCUGUUGCUAAUUUAUUUUUAUUUUUUAUUUUUUUUUUGUCCUACUCAUAAAAUUACUGAGGAGUUUCUCUGUCUUCUGCGAAACCAACACAGGUAACUUGUAGGUACACAAAAUUGCUGGAGAAACUCAGCGGGUGCAGCAGCAUCUAUGGAGCGAAGAAAAUAGGCGACGUUUCGGGCCGAAACCCUUCUUCAGACAACUUGUAAUUGCUCUGCCAUUUCCGUAUUUCCACUAUGACACCUCCAGUCUCAGUCUGCAAGCAAUUCGCGCUAAUGUUUGCCAAUAUUUUUCCUUGGACUGUAGAAUUUAGAGAUAGAGCAUGGAAGCUGGCUCUUCGGCCCAUCGAGUCCGCGCUGACCAGUGAUCGCCUCGUACACAAGCACUACACUGCACACCGGGGACAAUUUUUUACAAUUUACCGAAGCCAAUUAGCCUAUAAACCUGUGCGUGUUUGUAGUGUGGGAGGAAACCGGAGGACACAAAAAAAACUCACGGGGUGAACGUUCAAAUUCUUUGGUCAGGAUCAAACCCUUGACCCUGAAGCUGUAAGGCAGCAACUCUGUGCUAUCUCUACCACUGCACCACUGUGCUGUCCAA